GGAAAGGGAUAUAUAGCUGCUGAAACAAAAUAAGCUCGGUCGACAGGGUUGGCUGGCCAUCUUCUCGCAUCGCCAGUUAACUAGCCGGUGAGCUAGUAGUAUUAUUAUUACACUUAUAGUCCAUUAGCCCAAUGUUAAUACUGGUGCUCCGUACUGUGGAGAGCAUGCUUGUUGCUUCGUUUGCCCUGCUUUCUUUCAAGUUGCGGCGCUCCUUUUCUUGGUGGUGACCAGGAAAUUACUGUGGAAAAGAUAUAAAGAGAUGUCGAAUCUCCAGUUUAGCAUUUCGCUGUCUAUAUCUGGGGCGAAAAUCGCCUAUGCUUUGGUAUGAUAUUGAAAAGUCGACUGGCCCGUCGAAUAUGAAACUGCUUUCAGGCCGAAAAAUGAUUGGUUCGCUGUGGCGACGCCCUUUUGACUUGAAGUGCUUCCCUGAGAACAUGCAUGUCAGGAAGACCCGAUGAGCAGAGCAACUCGUUCCGUGAUAGCAUGGCUACCCGUAUGAGCCCUGUAGCAUCCACACAGCGACUAGCGUAACCAUAGUCAACACUUAUAUCUCUAGAGAAUUUCAUGUAAGGUUGAAUUGAUGUCGUCGAUAUAAAGUACAUCCAGUUAAGGAAGACGAGAUUUAACUAACUACAGUUGGCACGUGAUAUGUGAAGUUUUAGGUGAUCGGACUUCGCAGCCUUCAAGGAGUCACGGCUUUGGAUAGAGACCGUCACCAGGCAGGCCAGUCUCCUUGCUGAAGCAGGACGCUCUCUAUGUUUAAACGCAGCCUGGCGAAGGCUCUUCCUCAAUCUAUACCAACAGUCUCGAGAUUUUGCUUUUCUGGCGGCAGUACGUUCAAAUCCCUUGCCCUGUCGGACUGCCUGACAGUGACCAUCCCAUUAAUGAUAUCAUGCAUGAGCAGCCCGAUCUAUCUCCUGUAUCAUCUGGGGGGGACGGCAUAAGUUUAAUAAACGACCAUUCAUACCUAUAAUAGACGUCCAAUCAAACCGCCUUCGCCACUUGUCAGCGGUCACAGAAAUGGGCGAUUCAGCGAAAAAACGAAAAUACAUUGAUGUACGCAUACAUGCAUAUACCCCUCUAAAGAGUGCUAUUUCACAUAUUUUAUACCCAUUGAUAACACUGUUUCAAAAUUGGUCGAAAUGCUAAAUCGUUAUUAACUGUCUGGAGAAUUAGAUCGGUAUCAACCUUGGGGACCCUGUAUUCAGGGGCAAGUACCACGGUAAAGAUGUUCACGAGGAUGAUCUACAAGAUACAAUCGAUCGAGCCGUUGAGGUUGGCUGCCGUAAGUUCAUGAUCACUGGCUCGGACUUGCAUGAGUCUCGGCAUGCCGUGGACCUAGCCCGGGAACACUCAGGACUAUGCUAUGCUACUGUUGGCGUACAUCCGUGUUCCGCAAAACUCUUUGACUCCUACGCUGGAGGACCAGAGAAGUAUCUGGCCGAGAUCAAGGCCCUGGCAUUGUCAGCCAAGGAGUCAGGCCAUGCUGUUGCCUUUGGAGAGAUUGGUCUAGACUACGAUCGACUGUUCCUCUCCCCCAAGGAUCAGCAGCUAAAGUAUUUUGAGGCUCAGCUUGAAGUAGCUGUGGAGGUGCAGCUGCCUCUUUUCUUGCACUCGCGAGCAGCCAGCGAAGAUUUUGAACGGCUGCUCUCUGCCCGGCUGCCACGGCUCCCCAAGGGAGGAUUAGUGCAUAGCUUCACUGGAACCAUCGAGGAAAUGCAACGACUUGUAGCUCUCGGGUUGGACCUCGGGGUUAACGGGUGUAGCUUGAAGACCGAGGAGAACCUGGAAGUGGUCAGAGCCAUGCCCUUGGAUAGGAUACAGAUCGAAACCGAUGGGCCUUGGUGUGAAAUUCGGCCAUCUCACGCGAGCUACAAGCAUGUCAAGUCUACGCUGCCUAAAUCUUGCAAGAAAGAGAAAUGGCAGAAAGGUUGCAUGGUGAAGGGAAGAAACGAGCCGGUUGCGAUUGUUCGUGUGGCCGAAGUGAUUGCUGCGGUGAAAGGGAUAACGGUGGACGAAGUUUGUGAAGCGUAAGUUGCCAGCAACCCUGCCUGCCUUGCAUCAAACUAAAUCGUCGAAUCUCGCUAACAAACGCUAACUUUGCUUCUAGUGCAUGGAACAACUCGGUUCGCAUGUUUGGACUUGGUGAAGUGGCCUGACUGCAGAAUUAGAAAGCGAUAGAAUGUAUAGACCAUCUCUCCUUCGUCUUUUUUUAUGUUGUGUAAGUCCAUAGGACUAGUUUUAUGUAUAUGUAUGUCUGACCCGAGGGGGGCGUCGGCUAUAAGACCCAUGCUGCAGGAUCUCACUCAACCAUGCAGAUCGGCGUUCUCCAGGACCAGCGAUCUGCACCCGAUCCAUGAAGAACAGCGCUGUUGUUGUACACGUAAAAGACAGUUGUCGACACCUCCGUCCUCUUUGCUCUCAUCCCGGCCAAACAAAGUGCCCUUCCCUCGCCUCCCGUCGCCUUUUUUGCCUGUCUUUUUGCCUGCCAUGCUUGAC